UUAUGUUGUAGUGUAUAAUUAAAAUAGUUGUUAUAUAAAUAAAGAAUGUUAUGGGAUAACAUUUUUAUUAUGGGGAUUACGAGCGUAAAAGAUGGCUAAAAAUAUAGAUAGAUAAACAAAUUAAAUACUGGAAACUGUACACUAAAUUUCAUUAUCUAUAUUCAUGGAUUCUUUGAGUUAAGUAAUUAAUAUUGAAAUGAUUAGAUCACUUUUCAAAAUGUGAUUAAUAUUAAAUUCAGAAUGGAAAACAACUAACAGAUUAGACUUUGGAUUGA